CUAGCGUCGGCUCGUCCUCCCAUCAGGCAGCCACGCCCGACACCGCCUUCCCCCAGUUCCCCGCCGAUCUGCACGGUCGCCGCUGCCUUCUCCCCGGCCUCCGCGCCCUGCCCCCUUGGGACUCCGCGGCCCACCGGCCUCCCGGCCGCCGCCUCCCCCUGCAGCUGCGGCCAGGCUGCGUCCUCAGGCCCGGCGGCAGGUCGCCGCGGCCACCCCCCUGCAGCCGCGCCAUCCCCGGCCGCCGUGGCCAUCUCGCCGCCUCGGGGCGGCGCCAGCAGUUCUCCUCCCCCCGGCAGCAGCAAUACCCGGCCGUCGUGCUGCCAGCUCUCCUCCCCCGGCACCUCCAGAUCCUUGGUGUAUCUAGAUCCAGGAUUUGGAGCCCUACCAAGUAGGCAUACAUCUCAUCUGCACUCCUUGUGGGGUGGUUGGAUCCGAAAUUUCCACACUCUGAAGGCAAGUGGAAAUGGCGGCAGCAAUGGAGACAGGGAAGAGGAAGCGCGCGGCGGUGGUAGUUCUGGGAGACAUUGGGCGCAGCCCUCGCAUGCAGUAUCAUUCCCUCUCCCUUGCCAACCAGGCUGGUAUGGAAGUGGACAUUGUUGCAAAUGGAGGAAGUGACCCACAUCUAUUAUUGAGAGAAAACCCAUCAAUUCACAUCCACGAAAUGAAAUCAGUUCAGUUAACAGGAAUAUCAAAGAUAUCUGGUGCCCUGACGCUGCUACUUAAAGCUGUCAUCCAGUUUAUUGUAUUGAUUUGGUACCUUUCUUUCAAAAUUCCUCGCCCUGAUGUCUUCAUUGUUCAGAAUCCACCCUCUGUUCCAACAUUGGCUGCUGUAAAACUGGCUAGCUGGUUAAGAGGUGCUAAGUUUAUUGUGGAUUGGCAUAACUUUGGAUAUACAUUGCUUGGGCUGUCUCAUGGCAGAAGUCAUAUCAUAGUUAAAAUCUACUUCUGGUUUGAGAAGCAUUUUGGACGGAUGGCUGAUGGUGCAUUCUGUGUUACAAAAGCAAUGAAGCAUGAGCUUGAUCAAAAAUGGGGGAUCAAUGCAACAGUUCUUUAUGAUCAAUCUCCUGAAUUUUUCCGUCCUGCUUCAUUGACAGAGAAACAUGAGUUGUUUAGCAGGUUGGGGAAUUCCAUUUGUAGUGCUAUUGGCAAUGAUGAUUGCAUCUCUGUUGAGAAAGAAGUGGAAGACAGGAACACUACUGUCUUUACAAGCCAGAUCGAUGGUGAAGUAUUCUUGAAGCCUAAUAGACCGGCUCUUGUUGUCAGCAGCACAAGCUGGACACAAGAUGAAGAUUUCAGCAUACUUCUGGAAGCAGCACUUAUGUAUGAUAGACGUGUCGCUGCAACUUUAGGAGAAGAUGACUCAGUGGAUGAGAGGGAACUUUGGACUGAUAUCAAGAAUGGGAAACAAUUUUUGUACCCAAGAUUGCUAUUCAUUAUCACUGGUAAAGGACCUGAUAGGAAGAAGUAUGAAGAGCAAAUAAAAAGGUUGAAACUGAGGCGUGUUGCCUUUCGGACUAUGUGGCUUGCAUCAGAGGACUACCCUCUUUUACUUGGAUCGGCUGAUCUAGGUGUAUCAUUACAUACAUCCUCUUCAGGGCUGGACCUACCAAUGAAGGUGGUUGAUAUGUUUGGAUGUGGAUUACCAGUUUGUGCUGCUUCGUUCUCUUGCAUUGACGAGCUUGUAAAAGUAAAUAAUAAUGGACUGCUUUUCUCAACAUCUUCUGAGCUUGCCGAUGAACUUAUGAUGCUGUUUAAGGGUUUUCCAGAAGAAUGUGAUGACUUGAAAUCCCUCAAGGUUGGUGCCUUGAAUACUGGGUCAUCUUCCAAAUGGUCGACAGAAUGGGAACGUCAUGCACUCCCCUUGGUGAACCAGGUCAUAGGUUGAAAUGCACGACGGCAUUCAUCGGAUAGGCAAAUCAUGUAUUAUUAUUCUUUACAGCUUGCUUGAAGCUCAUCCCAGGUAUUAUAGGCGCACUAUGCACUUGAGUGACAAUAUGUACAUUUGAAGGUCGGGGAGAGAUUAUCGUAUAUUUGUUUGCUUACACCAGCUGUCGCGACGACAAAUUUCUACCAGGGCAUUGCAAUUAUUUGUCGUGGCAGAAGCUACCACCAAAAUGUCCUGUAGGCCUCUAACUAAUCGCCAUGCAUUCCUUGAGCGACUUCAAUUCUUCAAGGCCAACAAACUGUGUUAUUUGGCCAGAGCCUUUGUAACACAUGUCCAAGUUUCAGGAUGUUAUAGAAACUAGAGCUGACUAUUAUCUUGAUCUUGGACCUGACACGAAUGUCCAGUCGUAUUUAUUUGGUAAGCAAAAGAGAAAUCCAUUUUGUAACAUACUCCCACCUUUUGUAAACAGGCAUGUACAUGUACGUUGUACCAAAAACAAAUGGUUCUCUCUCUAAAAAAAUUCCAGGAGAUCGCCCUCGUUUCGUCUUUACUGCCACCACUAUUCAGAUUUCCAAGACGAUGUCUGGGGAGAGUUCAAAGACGGAAAAACAUCAAAUUUCCUGGUA